GAUUUAACUAUGGUUCUUAUUUGAAGUACGAAAAAUGGCCGCCGUAAAUUUUGUGCGAAGUGCUUUCAAUGGGUUAUUACGAAAACCUACUGUAUAUAAGACCCCGGUGGUAUGCCGGCUUUCAACUGUAGCUCUGCAACAAAAGUAUCAUGCAGUGAAUAUAGCUGUAAAAGUUAACAACAAAUGCAGUCUUCAAAAUGGGGUAUCUCAGCGUAUACGGCAUUACCAGCAAGGCCCACCCAAGCCCUCAUUGGAAGAGGUAGAGGAGCGCGUGUUCAAAGUGUGCAAGGCGUACGACAAACUAUCUGAUUGUCAGGGACUAUUUAGCGGUGUUCGCAACUACAGUGGUGGCCCACCGCUCACAUUAAGCCUUAUCCAACAAAGGGUGAUUCUUGUACUACAGCUUUAUGACAAAAUAGACCCAUCAAAGUUGAAUCCUGAUUCGCAUUUCAUAAAUGAUCUGGGUCUGGACUCUCUAGAUCAUGUGGAAGUGAUCAUGGCUAUGGAAGACGAGUUUGGAUUUGAGAUCCCUGAUGGGGAUGCUGAGAGGCUAAUGAAGCCCAAAGACAUUAUCCAAUAUGUAGCUGACAAACAAGAUUGUUAUGACUAAACUCAGAUUUUAGGGAUUUAUGAAGAUAAAAUGUUAGACCAACUGUGGGUUUUCAUGAUUGCCA